CGUGUUGCGCAGCGUCGCGAAUUCGCGUGAGGAACGUGCCAAAAAUCUCGCCGCCGCCUGUCUCGCCAGCCGUGUCGGUGCUUGCUGCUGUGUCGCGUUAUAUUUUACAUCGCGCGCACGCGAACGUGUGCGUGCGUGCGAGCGAACGAGCGAACGAGCGAACGGACGGACGGGCGAGCAAACGUGUAAAACGGUCGGUGCCCAGCCGAAGUAGCGACGGAUUCGAGCCAGCUUGUAAAUCUGACUUUAGUCGAUUGGCGUGGCUGAACCAAGUCACAAACGCGCUUACGACGCCCCGCGCGCACACACAACGAGCUGAGAGCGAGAGAGCGAACAACCAAAGUACUUCGGAGAGCUUUAGCUGAGAAACCGAUCUGCACGAGGCCGUUUGAGCGAACGAAAGAGCGAACGAGAGAAAAAGAGAGAGAGAGAGAGAGAGAGAGAGAGAGAGAGAGAGCGCGCGAGAGCGAGAGAGCGAGAGAAAGAGAUCGAGAGCGAGCGAGCGAACGGACAGACACCUCGUAACGCGAUUCAGGGCACAUGGGAUCAUCCGGGCUCGUCUCGAGAUGAACCGUGAUUUCGAAUGAUUGGCAUUUCUUCAAAUGACGGAGAAAAAUGGUUGCGAUACAUUACACUUAGCCAAGUCAAGUUGUGUAAAAGUACUGAUUGCACUCAAAGUUGUAACUGAACAUCAGAUUGAUUUUUAAGUUAAACUACGAAUAUACCGAUGCUAGGGUACGUUUACAUGAAUGGGGACAUCGGGAAGCUGCCUCCAGGGGCGGUCUACCCAGCAACCCCUGAACCUCUGGGUUCACAGGUUGCAGGCGCCAUUGGCGGUGGAAUGCCUAAUAUAGAUUACGGCGUCAUGAACAGUGCGCCAAGUGGCAGCGAACUAAUUCUUGAUACUGGUGUCGGCAGUCUGGAACCGUCGCCUCAACAUCCUCUAGGCAUGCACGGAGGCGCAGUUGGAUAUAGCCCAGGAGAUGUAGCAGCUCUGGGUGAUGCAUCUGCUGCUCCACCAUCUGCUUCUGCACCAAUGGCCGAUUUAAAUGUUCCCAGCAUACCUUUGGAACAGCUCAAACAGAUGCUUUCUUCGCAACUUGAGUAUUAUUUCUCCAGGGAAAAUCUGUCCAAUGAUGCCUACUUGUUGUCGCAAAUGGACAACGAUCAGUAUGUGCCGAUAUGGACAGUAGCGAACUUUAACCAAGUGAAAAAGCUUACAAAGGACAUUAAGCUCAUAACGGAGGUGCUAAGGGAGUCUCCCAAUGUGCAAGUAGACGAGGAGGGGCAGAAAGUUAGACCCAACCAUAAACGAUGUAUUGUGAUACUCCGUGAAAUACCAGACUCUACUCCUCUGGAAGAUGUAAAGAAUUUAUUUUCCGGAGAGGGAUGUCCAAGGGUCGUUUCGUGCGAGUUUGCUCAUAAUAAUUCAUGGUAUGUGACGUUCGAAUCCGACGAAGAUGCUCAAAAGGCCUACCGGUUUUUACGUGAGGAAGUUCGAGAAUUUCAGGGAAAGCCCAUAAUGGCGAGAAUCAAAGCUAAACCAAUGAACAGGCUAUCAAUAGGUCUACAUCAAGUGGCUGGUGUAGGUAGUGUAAAGAAUGGCUAUAGAACUCCACCCCCUCCUACUGUCUACGAUCCAAGCAGUUAUACGGCUGGACAGCAACGUUUCCUUUAUACCAAUGGCACAACCAUGCCUCAGACGACUAUGCCGGCAUACGCGAAUCAGGUUCUUUAUCAUCAACCAUUUUAUCCUGCUGGUAUGAUGCAUUGGGGACCGACUAGUCCCGCCUAUUUCGACAUGUCCGGCGUUUUUAUGAACGGAAUCACACCACAUAACACAUUUACACGUACCAAUGCAAGAUACAAUCAGCGGCACAGAAAUAGACAGAGAAAUGGUUCCGACAGAAGCUGCUUGAUUGAUCCCACCAAUCCCAACAACGGCAGCAACAAUCAUCAUCAUCACCACCACCAUCAUCAUCAUCAUCAUCAACCAUCGUCCAUGCCACCAUUGAAUAGCCGUAACUCUCACCCUCAUAUGACCGUUGGUAGCGGUGGCAAUAGCAGCGGAAACAUGUCGCUGACAUCCACGUCCACUUAUCACGCUUCGAGCUUACCUCCCUCGAAGCCGCCCUCCUCGUUGUCCUCCUCGUCCUACCAGUCCGGCACAAAGUUCCAUUCCUCGUCGUCCGCUGCGUUGUCUGUAGAACACUCGAAGGCAACUUCCUCUUCAUCUUCUUUAUCUACCGCGCAAGAUCAGGACGCAGCGACGAUCGAGCCCUCCUCCUCCACCUCUUCCUCCUUGACGCCUUCGUUUCCUCGCAGCCAUCGUAUCCAUCGCAGGACCAAAGAUCAGGAGACGAAAGUAGCCGCCGGGAACAACCAUUCGCUACCGGCGAUCAAGGAAUCCUUGCCGGCAAGUAGUGGCAGCAACAGCAGCAACAGCAGCUGUGCUAGCGGCGGACGUAGUAGCGGUGUACAAUUCGAUCUCGAAGCAGCCGCUUUUCCACCUCUGCCUGGUCUUGACGCUGAUCACGGCAAGGCGUCGACCGACAUCGUCGGCACAGGCAUUACCAAUGCUGUUGGCGUUGAGUCCUCGUCGCAGAAUCGAUUGUCCGAUGUUGUCAAAGGCACUGCCAAGCUCAAGACCGUUAUCAAGGACAAAGAGAGCGGCAGUCAGCAGCAGCCUCAAGUGCAGCAACAACAGACCGCAACGCUCCCGUCUACGACAGCAAACGUUGCCAGUAGGUCUGCCAGUCCUGGAGCAGCGGGCACAGGAACGGAGAUACAGGGAAACACCAUUGUGUCAACAAAUUCCGCGAAUGCCGCGCAUGCCCUUAAUACGACCAGUAAUGACAACGCAUCGUCAACUGACACCGUCGCUCUCAGCACUGUCGCGCUUACUCCACCGUCAUCUCCUGAUAAAUCUAUAAAGACUGACGACUCGAACAUGGUGAACGGUGUGGACGACGCUGUAGUUGCGAGCGCACACCUGCCGUCAGUGGCAACGUCGACGAUAACAACGACAGCCACGACAGCGACGACGACGACGACGUCGAUGGCAGCAGCAGCAACGAUGACGACUGCAGCCGCAACGACGACGGACGAUGCUGAACCGAUGACCAGGUGCGAUUGCAACAACGUCGUUAUCGUCCCUCCUCCUACUGCCUCACAGAGCUCCCAAUCGCAAACCGGAGUGGCCUCUGCCUUCCCUAUAGAUCUUACGAGGCCAAGCUAUGCCCAAGUAGCACAACAUUGCCGUGAACUACCUUGUACAAAACACAAAACAGAUGAGAGGGAUAGAAAUGUUUAAAGUUUACACAUCCUUAAAGCAUGGCCUGGAUCCUCGGAUUUUCCCCAGGUACCCCCAAGAUAUCUUCCGAACCCCCUUCAUGAGAUCCAUGAACCGAUCCUCGAAUUGAUGUAAGAAUGAAUCGACCGGAAGCGUCGAAAGUCUUGUUUCUCCAUUUUAAAAGCCAUCUAUAAGAGCGUAUGUGUACUGUUCCUUUAUGUGCCGUGAAGGUGACAACGGAAGCAAGAUACCUAAGCGGUGGAGACGCGGCUUUAAGAUAUUGCAAAGCAAGGCAGCAAAAAAAAAAAAAAAAUGAUGCGGAUUACCACGCGGGCGACAACGGAGCAAAUAAACGACGUUUUAGCUGUGCUAUCAACAUCAUAUUGCGAUUUUCUUGGAGUCUGAAAAUUGGAAAUAUUGGAGCUCGCCACUGCUUUUCAUCUAUAUCUACCUAACUCCACCGGCACUCCCUUCUUGGACCGACAAUGUCACGUGUCGCGGGCUUGAGGAAGAAAGAAACUUUUUACAUUGUACAGUGACGUCUCGCCUACGAUCAACGAUCGAUCGAUCGACGAAUCGAUCAAGAAAGAAAGCAAAAAAGAGAGAGGGAGGUGAGAAUGAGACAGUGUGUGUAUGUGUGCAUGUGAGAAUGUGCGUGAGAUUCACCGUGCGCUAUUGUAGCGCACUCGCAGGCGCUAUUAUUAUACAGGGUGAUCGGUGAGUCUAGCGGGGUAAGUUUGUUGCUACGAAGAUUUGAUGAUAGGUAUAUUGCCGAUAUUUGUAGAUCGGCAUAGUUAUUUUAACUAUUACAUUUUGCGAAAUGCAAUUGAUUUGGUUGUAGUUUAUUCGGAAUUGAAAGAAUGUGAGGAGUAGAGAGUUUGAAAGAAAUUAAAUAAAAUUAAGAAGCCUGAUCUAAACAUCUGCAUAGAAUGUACGAAAAAAGAGAGAGCUCUCUACUCUUUAUGAUAACAGAAAUAGAACUACGGUAAAAAAAAAGCAGAUAAUACACAAUUUCUGGAUCGCUAAUAACUAUCGGGCCGAAACAGAUUGAAGGGCCCAAAGAGCAAUUGUCUUGUUUGAGGAGAUCAAAACAUCUAUAAAAAGAUCGAGCGAUUUCGAAAAAUAUACAAAUCUAACAGUGUUGCCACAGGUAAAACAGUGAAAUAAUCUAAACAAUCGCGAAACUAAUUAAAGAGCUAGACAUUUAUCAAUCAUAAGUCUUUACUAGUUUUUUCAAUACAGAUACGCAGUUUUGAGUGUGUAUCUAAUAAUGUUUAACAAGCUUUUUUUAGUUUUAAGACUUUGUUCGUAAUUGGUAAGAGUUAUAGAGACUAUAAUAACGAAUAUAUAUAUAUAGAUCUAAAGACUUUGCAAAUCUAAAACUUCUCGAAUAUACGAGAUAUACGUAAAAUUUUUGAGAAUAAAAUGCUCGGGGGGUAAAGCGGUAGCGUGUCGUAAACGAUAAUCGUGUUUUUUUUUGUUUGUCGUACUUUUCUCUCAAAAGCAUCAAACACACGACUGCGUGGCUUCCCGAUCACCCGGUACAUCGCGCAAGAGAAGAGUAUUGUUAUAUAUCGCUUUUGGUUCUGUGAUUGAGGUAUAUAUUUGUUAGCUUGUAAAAACAAAAACCGCGUUAAAAGAACUAAGAUUAAUAUUAAUCUUUUAAAGGGAAAACACCCCUUCCCCCGCUCCUCCUUCGCGCGCGCAGGGCCGUAAUGUUAUAAUCAGGAAAAACACGUGUCUAUAUAGAUAUACAUUUGUGCCAAAAAACAAAACAUUGCUUGACGAAAUCUCCCGAGAUAUGCAACGAAGUGGACACCGAAAUCCGCGCCGAAUUCUCGCUAAAUGUAAAGCAGUGGAAUUCCCCGAAUAGUUCCUCUUUCUUCCACGUCUCUCGCUCCUUACAAAAAAAAGUAAAAAUAAAGAAAUAAAUGGAGACCGAAGAGAGAUCGUGUUUCGCAAACUGAGGAAGCUAUGAUUUCGUGUAUGAGAUUGCACGUGGUUUUUAAGGGAUGAUGGCGUUGAUGAUAAUAAUAAUGAUGAUGACGAUAAUGAUGAUAAUGAGGAGGAGGUGAGGGAGGAGGAAGGUCGAGAAUCACAUAUUUGUAUUUUAUGCGGCAUAGAAAAUUUGUUAUUGCAAAGAACAUCAGCGGUGACCUGCGAAAGUAAGACAAGGAUGAAGUCAGAUUCUAAAUGAGAAGUGAUUUUAGAAGAUAUAUUACAUGAAUUUUUCAUACGUGUGUGUUACCUAUUUUUGUUACAUCUUCCAAGAAUUUUUCUUAUAAGGAUUAUACUAUAUUUUAUUAAUUAACUUUACUUAUAAUGGCAAUUAUCAUAUUAGUACUAUAUAAGAAAUUAAAUUUAAAUAAUAAGUAGAUUUUAUUUACAAAAAUUGAUUUUUCUUUAGUUAGCUCUUAUAGAAAACACGUAUUGCAUCGUGUUUUUACUUUGACAAGUUGCCAAGAAAAGCAACGUGGAUAUUAGAAUUAAAUGUAAGUAGAUUUAUAUGUUUACACAUUAUACGAGUUUUCACAUAAAAGAGUUACGUUUGUAUUGCUCAUCACGAUCAUUACUCAAUCGAACACUUUCGUGUUCUUAACUGGAUCUUGCUUCAUCCUUGAUCGAAAAGUCCUUCGAUUCGAGUCCACGGAUUUCAGAAUUUUCAGGAUCUUCCUCCGUAGUUUUGCACUUCGAAGUUAAGAAUCCCAUCUCGAUGUCCUUCGCAAUUUCACGCUGAUCACCGCGAUCUCCGUUUUACUUUUUUUUUUUUUUUUUCCCGACGACGCAAAUAUCUUCGAGAAACUUCCUAAUUUAUCGUACGAAUUUGUGUAUUUUUUUUGCAAGAUACAACUAUUUCGUUUCUUUCUUUUUUUUUUGUUUUCUUUUUUUGUAACCAUGAUUUUAUCUUUAUUACUGAAUCAACUCGUGUCUCGUUCUCUCGUCUGUUUUUUUGAACGCAAAUCUUCAAAAGACGUCCUAAGAACGGUCUUUUGAAAAUUUUGCGUUUGUUUCAGACAAAAGAUAAUUUCAUUCCUUGUGCUCUCCGAGUUCUCGACAUCGCAGUCCUAUUUUUUCGAUUUUAAUCUCGUCAUUCAUUCGUGAUUCCGUUUACUCUUCCGUCUCGUUCGCCGCGGUUGUUCGUUGCAGUGCAUUGAACGAACGUUUAUUCGUUACGACGGUGAUCACCGUCGAGUUUCAUAGGCCACUAAGAGCGUCGUGCGGACACACUUCCGAUUUUACGCGACACUCUCGACCCGCCCCUUUUUGACUAACCGCCCAUUAUACUCUUCGCUGCGUCGCAAUCACAUCUUAUGCUUUCUACUUAUUAAUCCUCUGACUGUGAGAUGUAAGAUUUUGUAAGGAUCUUAGAGAUCACGCUUUUAUUCGGCAAGGAGAGAGAAUAAAAAAUAAAAGUACGAAAUGUGCGUAAGAGAACAUAUUAAUUCGGAGUAGCUAAUGUUGCGAGAAUCGGGAUGACUAAUUGAGCACGCAUUUAAGUGCCUCAAAGUAUGUUGUAUAUUAUUGAUUAUCGAUUACCAUUACUAAUAUUAAUUAGAAAGUACCAUAUUGAUUGCUCUAUUAUAUUAUUAUUAUCAUUAUUAUUUUAUUAUUAUUACUAUAAGCAGGAGCUUUUGGCUUUAGGUGUUACGAUGAUGUACCUACACACACACACACACACACACACACACACAUACAUAUAUAUAUACUGAGUAG